UAUAAAUAUAUUGUAUAUCGUCGCCAACACACAAUGUAGGGUUUGUGACUUUGUGUCAUCGUUGUUCUUCUGGGGAUUAUAAUUUUUGUUUCAGAGAGAGAGAGAGAACUGAAAGAGUUUAGCGAUGAAGAUCGCAGAUUUCCCAGUCGGUUUGCAGUUCUUCUACAUGGGUAUAUACAGAGCUGUGAAUGAUCCUUCAACGGAUUCGAUAAUCUCUUGGGGCAAAAACAACAAAAGUUUCAUCAUCUGGAACGCUCCAGAAUUUCUCGCCAAUAUUCUUUCCAAUUGCGGAGCAAUGAUGUGCGACGAUUUCAAAGAGUUUUACUCCAGUCUUAAAGAAUAUGGAUUUGUAAAAAUUAGUGGAGAGCACCGCAUGGAAUUUGGGCACAAAUAUUUUGUGAGAGGUCGACCUGAUCUUUUGAAGAAGAUGCAGGCCAAGUCUCAUGCCAGGUCGAGGCGUAUAUGUUUUAUUGCCAAGCAAGCUAGAGAAAGGAAUUUAGCCAAUGGCUUGGAUCGUUUACGAAUUCGCUGAUCACCAAAUCUAUCUAUCAUCGUUUCGCAGAUGGUUCGUUUUUAUGAAUAAAUAUAAACACUCCAACCAUGAGUGUUUGCUGUUCUUGUUGUUGUAGAGAUAAUGAAGUUUGGUGGGGUGUGUUUUGUAGUAACCUAUGUAUGUGUCUUAUCGAUUGCCAUUCUGUAUUAUUCAUCUUUGAAAGUUGUGAUGAA